AUGAAUUCUUAUGAUACGGUCCAGUUGACCUUCCUCUCGACGGGGACCGUCGGCAUCAGACCCUCCAUGUCCAACCAGCCAGCAAUUGGCCUAUUAUUUCGCCGUAUUGGGUCAUUGUGUGAUAGGAACUGGACUAAAUCUUUACCUGUUGGAGUCUUCCUGAUUCAUCACCCAGAAGGACUGUUCCUCUUCGAUACCGGACAAUCACCAUUUUGCAUCGACUCCAGCUAUUUCCCACGCGUUGCCCUUUUCAAUAGCUUGCUCAGUCAAUUCACAAUCGAGCACAAAGAUGGAAUAUUGGAGCAGCUGCAUGGGCCGGGAAUAAAAGCUACCGAAUUGAAGGGUGUUAUCCUGAGUCAUCUGCACAAUGACCAUGCGGGUGGGUUGGAGCAUCUUAUCGCGGAAGUCCCAGAAUUGCCAAUCUUUAUUAGUCGUGAGCACUGA